GGUUCUUAUGCAGAAGAUUGCUGCCUAGUCAGGACAGAUCACUCAACUUCAAUUACCUGGUUUUCCUCCCCUAGGUCUACCAUCAAUAGUCUUUACUUUUCUAAGAGAAGCAGAAAAUGAACAGAUUGCAGGGGCCAGUGUCAUUCAGGGAUGUGGCUGUGGACUUCACCCAGGAGGAGUGGCAACAGCUGGACCCUGAUGAGAAGAUAACAUACAGGGAUGUGAUGCUGGAGAACUACAGCAAUCUAGUUUCUGUGGGGUAUGAUAUUACCAAACCAAAUGUGAUCAUUAAGUUGGAGCAGGGAGAAGAGCCAUGGGUAAUAGAAGGUGAAUUCCCAUGUCAAAGUCAUCUAGAAGAAGUCUGGAAAGCUGAUGACCUGAUAGAGGGAAUCCAAGAGAAUGAAGGGAAAUAUUCAAGGGAAGCUGUUCAUAUCAAUAGCAAAACCAUGAUUGAAGAGAGAGAGAAUACCUUUGAUAAAACUUAUAAUAUGGAAACAAGCCUUGUUCCUUCAAGCAUAAUAGCUCAUAAUUGUGUCUCAUGUGGAAAGAAUUUAGAAUCUAUUUCAGAAUUAAUUAGUAGUGAUGGAAGCUAUGCAAAAAGGAAACAUGAUGAAUGUAAUGAAUGUGGGAAAACAUAUGAUGGAGAGAAACCCUAUGAAUUUAAUCAAAAUGGGAAUGGCUAUUCUCAAAAUGAAAAAAGUAUUCUUCAGAAAAUUAAUAUUUUGGAGAAACCCUUUGAAUAUAAUGAAUGCUUGGAAGCCUUAGACAAUGAAGCUGUUUUCAUUACUCAUAAGAGAGCUUACAUGGGGGAGAAGCCCUAUGAGUGGAAUGAUUCUGGACCAGACUUCAUCCAGAUGUCAAAUUUUAAUGCAUAUCAGAGAUCACAAAUGGAAAUGAAGCCCUUUGAAUGCAGUGAAUGUGGAAAAUCCUUCUGUAAAAAGUCAAAAUUUAUUAUACACCAGAGGGCUCAUACAGGAGAAAAACCUUAUGAAUGUAAUGUAUGUGGGAAAUCCUUCAGCCAAAAGGGUACCCUCACUGUACAUCGGAGAUCACACUUAGAGGAGAAGCCCUAUAAAUGUAAUGAAUGUGGCAAAACCUUCUGUCAGAAGUUACAUCUCACUCAACAUCUAAGAACUCAUUCAGGAGAGAAACCCUAUGAAUGUAAUGAAUGUGGGAAAACUUUCUGCCAAAAGACACAUCUCACCCUACACCAGAGAAAUCAUUCAGGAGAGAGACCCUAUCCAUGUAAUGAAUGUGGGAAAUCCUUCUCCCGAAAAUCAGCUCUCAGUGACCAUCAGAGAACACACACAGGAGAGAAACUUUAUAAAUGUAAUGAUUGUGGAAAAUCCUACUACCGAAAGUCUACCCUUAUUACACAUCAGAGAACACACACAGGAGAGAAGCCCUAUCAAUGUAGUGAAUGUGGAAAAUUCUUUUCUCGGGUAUCAUAUCUCACUAUACAUUACAGGAGUCAUUUAGAAGAGAAACCUUAUGAAUGUAAUGAAUGUGGCAAAACCUUCAAUUUAAAUUCAGCCUUCAUUAGACAUCGGAAAGUACACGCAGAAGAGAAAUCCCAUGAAUGUAAUGAAUGUGGAAAGUUGUCUCAGUUGUCAUAUCUUACUGACCAUCAUACAAAUCAUUUAGGAGAGAAACCCUAUGAAUGUACUGAAUGUGGGAAAACCCUCCUUGUAAAUUCAGCCCUCAGUGGGCAGCAGUCACUUCCAAAAGGGGAGAAAUCCUAUGAAUGUAGUAUAUGUGGAAAAUUAUUCUCUGAGUUGUCAUACUACACUGAACAUUAUAGAAGUCAUUCAGAAGAGAAGCCCUAUGGAUGUAAUGAAUGUGGGAAAACCUUCUCUCAUAAUUCAUCUCUCUUUAGACAUCAGAGAGUACACACAGGCGAGAAACCCUAUGAAUGUUAUGAAUGUGGAAAAUUCUUCUCUCAGAAGUCAUAUCUCACUAUACAUCAUCGAAUUCAUUCAGGAGAGAAACCCUAUGAAUGUAGUAAAUGUGGAAAAGUCUUCUCUCGGAUGUCAAACCUCACUGUACACUAUAGAAGCCAUUCAGGAGAGAAACCGUAUGAAUGUAAUGAAUGUGGGAAAGUCUUUUCUCAGAAGUCAUACCUCACUGUACAUUAUAGAACUCAUUCAGGAGAGAAACCUUAUGAAUGUAGUGAAUGUGGGAAAAAAUUCCACCACAGAUCAGCCUUCAAUAGCCAUCAGAGAAUUCAUAGAAGAGGGAAUAUGAAUGUACUUGAUAUGGAAAAUUUCUGAAGUCAAGUCUUAAUUUUUAGAAAACCAUCUGAAUAUAAUGAAUAUAGGAAAUCCAACAGGGAUUGUGUUUGUCUGAGAGUUCAUGUUCCUCAAUGGGGGAAAGCAUUUAGGUAUUAGAUUCAUUUUAAUCUGAAUUUUUAGGGAGAAGAACCCUUAACAAUGCAACGAGAAAAACCUUCAGCAAGAUCAUACAACUCAUUGGACACUAAAUAACAUAUACAGGACUGAAAUUUUAUAAAUAUUUAAUAUUUAUUUUGUAUUCAAAUUAUAUUUACAUAUCAGGGAAUCAUAAUAAGGCAAAAUCUGUCAAUAUGAUGAAUGUGGAAAAUACGUCUUGGAAAUUCUGAAAGCCAUAUUUCUGAUCUAAAAUAAGAUGUUUAUAGGAAAGAUAACAGAAGCUAUUAGCUCUCAGUUAAACCUUCAUUGUAUAAAAUGAAGUUUUAAAAUCAUCAGGAGUUGAUCAUGAGGUCAGUAGCAUAAAAUAAGUAUAUGGCAGUUCCUAUCUGUUUUUUAAAAUGCAGUCUAUCAGCGAGCCUGGAUAGCUCAGUCGGUAGAGCAUCAGACUUUUAAAAUGCAGUCUAUCUAAUUCUAUGCAAGUUUGGAUUUGAGUAAUUUAUGGAAAGGCAGUAUUAUUUGAGUAUUACAAUGGUAAAACAUACAGGAUGUGUUGGUGAGAUAUUUGAUAGGUAUAAAAUUGUAAAAUACAUAAUUUUUCUGUACUUUAGAGGAACUUACAAGUGGGUUUUUAAUGAAUGUCUCAUCAGUAGAGGAGGCUGUGAUUUUUGUGAAGUUUUCAAAUGUACCUGAGCAAAAAAAAUUUUUAAUACUAUUUUGAUAAAUAAUUUAUACAUAAUUUGGAAUUAAGUCUAUUUCAGUGAAAGAGAAUAAGCAUACUGCUCAUACUUCUAAAAUAUCCCCAACUCUCAUACCACUCUUAUUUUUUAAUUGAUAGGUUUGAUUGUGCAGAUUGCCAGUAUUAUGUAAUUCAGCAAUUUUAUCUGAAGUUUUACUUGAUAUAAAUCUAGUGUCAUUAUUUUGUGCAUUGCCCCUUAUUCCCAGUAUUUUGGAACAAAUUAAUACAUGGUUCUAGCAGACA